AUGCCGACUUUCUCUGAGCUGCCUACCGAGACGAAGCUCAAUGUGUUUGCGUUCCUCCGCAACAACACUGACAGAGCACGAUCGUGUCUGGUCAGCAGAGACUGGCUGACUUGCAUGGCGCCACUACAAUGGAAGAUACUCGAGAUAAAGCCAGACACCGUCACUGCGGAGAAUCUGGCCGCGAUACUGAAUCCGAAAAGCAACAUUAUCAAAAACAUUCGAUACAUAAACAUCAAGCAUCAACCGCAUGAUUGUCAAGACAGGUAUUCCCCCGAGCUCGAAGCUGUGGUUCAAAUCAUCAUCACCGCGCUUCCUCGGAAUAGCCUUCGCGGUAUCAUGUCCCUCUUACCUAUCAGCCUAUCCGUCAUGAUCCAGCUGUUGCAAUGCCAGCAGACCAUGAGAACACUCUAUGCAAGCGUCGACAGUACAACGUACAACUUCCCUGUCAAAUAUGAUUCCGUUGCAUACACGACGUGGGUUGAGCCAGCUUUGACGAAAUUAGAGGAACUCAUUGUUUACAUUCGAGAUGACGUUCCUGAUAGUUACAAAGCUGGUGCAGCUUUGAUCAAUAGCUCAAAUGAGAUCAGAUCUCUCUCGAUAUGGGCGAGUGGUGAUAGAGCUCGUAUGGAAAGCGAAACUGAGCGACUAAAUAUAUUCCAAGGUAUCAACACGAUCACGCUGGAUUUUGAGCCUCUCCAGCUAUUGCAUCUUCAGCUCUGCAGCCUAAAUCUGGUGGCACCACCUACUCUGGCCAAAUACGUCAACCUGCAAACGCUGAGGGGUCUGAGGCUGUUCAGAUGUGGCAAUAUUGUGCCUGUCAUAACUUCCCUUGCAUCCUCGUUAUCUGAGUCGGCCGCGCUAGACACCUUGGAGAUUGUGGUCUUCGAUGAAGAAGACAAAAUCACACAGGCAAUAGAGAAGUUGCUUGGCAGCUUCUCAGAGCUCAAGGGUUUGUGGCUAGACAUGGAAGAUGCACGAAUGAUCGACACCCUCGGUUCCAACUUUGAGAUUCUCACAAUCAACAAUGUCCAACGCGCCUCAACCGAGUUUGAAGCUUUCUUGGUACGUAUGGAUGAAGCCACAUACUUUGCACAUGCACUAACAACGUUAAAGGAGAUCAUUACCAGCCAUCGUAGUCUUCGCCUCUUGCGAAUGUUUACUUUACCCGUCAUCGAUUACGGGAAGCCAGAGAAUCCCACAGUUGCAAAUACAGUUGGCAUCACGGACGAAGAGGUGUAUGCGACUCAAGCGAUCAUGCAUAAACUUGCAACAAGCGUCAUGCGACAGCUCCGGUGCCGUGGCUCGAAUGUGAGCCGAAUUUCAAUCCAACCUGGUUACAAUUGCUGGGAGACACGUCCGGAGUGCGAUGAGAAUAGGCAUGUAUGGCCCGAAUACUAUUACCUACGUGGUCAUACCCUGGAUGUGACUGGGGCCGGAUCUGUGACCGCUGUUCCAGUCUCUUGGAACAAUCUUGGGCUCGCUAGUGGAAUCAACGUAGUUAAUAACUCAGGGUGGGGUAUCUAA